UGUGUGUGUGUGCGUGCGUGUGUGUGUGUGUGUAUGUGCAGGAAGAGGAGGAUCUUUGUUGGACAGAAACUCUGAUCAGGACUCAGACAGAAUUCAGCUGCAGAAUUCAGGUGGACUCCUGAGGAGAUGGAAGUGACAUCACACUGCAGUGCCUCAGAUGUCACUGAAGUCAACAAGGACCCCGACCAAUCAGAAUGCAUCAUCAGCCAGCCAACAGCCAAUGGGAUGCUCACAUAUCACGGUACAGAAGAGUUUCCGCCCCCUCUCUCUCAUAGGCUGGAGGAUGACAGCAGUGACGACUCUUUGACAGACAGCUCCUACACCAAUGACAUCUCCCGACUUCUGCCUGCCCCGCCCACCUUUGCACUCCGCAAACAGAGAGGUGUGGACGGAUCAUCAGUGUCUCCUAUCUGCACCCCUCCAACUUCAUCCACCUGUAGUAGACACCAUGAUGACAGCACCAAUCAGAAGCAGCUAUCUUCUACUAAAAGCCACGCCUCAUUUAAGACCGACGCCGCCCACAUUAAGGAGGUCGCUGGAGAUGACUGCUGUGCCCACUGCCUCCUGGCCUGUCUGUUCUGUGAGCUGCUGUCCAUGUGCUCGGCGGUGGGGGAGUGUCUGUCGUGUGGAGUGGGUGGAAUCAGCUGCUGCGAUGCUGCCAUUGGCUGCUGCUGCUGCGUGGAGGUGGCGGGGGAGGCGGCAUGCACGGAGGAGGCGUGUCAGGCCGUGUUGGAUUGUGGGAUAUUGGAGGACUGCUGCGGUUCGUCGGACUGCCUGGAGAUCUGCCUGGAGUGCUGCUCCAUCUGCUUCCCCUCAUAGCAGCCAAUCAGAGGAGGACCACGGCGUGAUGUCACAACAGAGAGGAUACUGGGAGGAUGCUGCAGGAACGAGGCAGUGGAACCACCUGGGGAGGGAGUUCUGGACUGCAGAGUUUGUAGAGUCAUUGUUGUACCUUUAAAUGUGGAUUGAAUCUUAAAGCAGUUUAAACACUAACACCUCUAAAACCUGUUGACUUUAGCAGAUCCAAUCAGAUUUAAACACUAAAACCUGUUGACUUUAGAAGAUCCAAUCAGAGCAGAUCAAUGGUUUACUGAUCACAUUUAAUCCUCAUGCCGGUCCAGGUGGACGGACUGCACACCUCUCCAGGUAUAUAGGUGUUGGUUCAGGAUUAUAGUUUGUUCCUCUGUCUCUACACCUGUCCCUGUCUGUGAUUGGUCGUCUGCUGCCAGCUCCGCCCCUCUCUAGUUACUAACCAGUUACUAACCAGCUUCAUGUGAAUCCAGAGAACCAGAGACAUCCUGGAUCUGUAGAACCUGCAGACCUCAGGUUCUGGUUCAGGUUCUGGUUCUGAAAAUGAUUUUUUGUUCAAUGAUCCACCAGAACAUUAAAAGUGAAAAAACCCAGUGUUUUUCAUUCUUGGUGCCAAAUGCAACGUUCAGGAAGCAGAAGAAAAAUACCUUUAAACCUCUGAUGGAAUGUUAAAGUCAGAGAACGUCAGCUGAUCAAUAAAGUGACAGAAAAAUCAAUCUUCUGUCAGUUUGAAUCCCAGCUGAAGGGAUUUAGGGAAACAUGUUUUACAGUUUUCUGAUAAUAAAAGUUGUUUGAAUGA